AUGGACGGACUGACUGACGGACUCGACGGCCUCGACGGCGAAAGACUGACUGCCUUGACGCUCUUCCCAGAUGGCCAGAGCUUCGGGAGAGACCCUGGACCAGUUUCAAGAUGCUUGGUCUUCUUCUCUGCUCUUCUUAUUCUUAUUCUUCCUCGCUUUUAUUUCCUCGGCCUCCCCCUUCCCAUUGCCAUUCUUCUCAUCCCUAAUCCCGCUUUUUCUUCGCUUCUUAUUCUCUUCUUCUUCAAUUCUCUCCGUUCCCUACUAUUCCCCCUCCGGCGCAAGACCGUUACCAUUGUCAUCCUCUCCUUCACCAUACGACCUUUUCGACCUACUUCCCUUUUCUAUCAAUUUAUCGAUAUCCACCUGCUUAUCUCCGUAUCUCCUCUUCCACCAUCUCUCCUCCCCCCAUUGACGCUUGCUCGGUAUCCUCUGAUGCGAUCCGUUUAA